ACUCGCUUUCACACGUCGUUUCUGCGUUUCGGGCUCCGAAGUCGCUCCGUCUCCUUCCCCUUUAACGGUCAUCUUUCUCGUUUCUCUCACUAAGUUCGUCCCCUUUUCUCUCUCUCUCUCCUCCGCUCACUUCCACUCUCUCUCUCUAGAACUCUCCACUAUGCGCAGGCGCCCCUCCUCCGCCCCCCUCGCCCUGCUCCUCCUCGCCCUCCUCGCUCCGCCACUGCCGGCGGCUGCGGCGGCGGCGGCGGCGGCGUCGGGGCCCCCCGGCGUCCCGAGCCUGGAGCUGUGGUGCGUGGCGAAGAACAACGCCGACGACGCCUCGCUACAGUCGGCGAUCAACUGGGCCUGCGGGCCCGGCGGCACCGACUGCGGCCCGAUCCAGCAGGGCGGGCCCUGCUACGACCCCGCCGACGUCGGGAGGACGGCGUCGUACGCGUUCAACGACUACUACCUGAAGCACGGCAUGACCGACGACGGCUGCAACUUCGCCGACACGGCGGCGCUCACCUCGAUCAACCCCAGUCACGGCAAUUGCAAGUUCCCCUCUAGGUAAUCAAAGAAACGAACUUUUCGUUUUGAAAUUGCUGUAUUAAAAUGAUAGCUUGUCUGUUAAUAAUGGCAGUCGUUCUGGUGCAUCAACGGCAGUUGGAGUUCAGCCCACCUAUGACAAUUUGAGCGGCUGCAAUCGGAUUGCUAUCCGGCGGUAUUCUUUUGUAAUCAUGAGCAUUUGUUCA